UGGAAAUUUUUGUGCAAGGUUCAAAAAUCAUGGCUUCUUCAUCUUCUGCUCUCAUUCUUUUCUCUCUUUUAAUCGUCUCAUUUUCCGCUCCUGCCAUCUCAAAACGUCCAUCUGCUUCUGAUGAGAAAGUCACUUUAAGUCUCUAUCAAACUUUAUGUCUUGGCUGUUCACGGUUCAUAGUCCAUCAACUCCCAAAAAUCUUUGAAUAUGGACUCUUUGACAUUGUUGAUCUCAAUCUUGUUCCAUAUGGAAAUGCUAAGCUUUUGAAAAACGGCACAAUCAUCUGUCAGCAUGGUCCGGAUGAGUGUUUCCUGAACACAGUGGAAGCGUGUGCGAUCAAUAUCAUGUCUCAGGAUGAGUCUUUCGGAUUCAUACGUUGUGUGCAGAAUUUCAUUGCUGAAGGAAAGAUAUAUGAGUCGCCUUCUUGCUUAGACAGCAACACGCCCGACCAAGGGAAUGCUCUUCAUAAAUGCUACACAAGUGGAUUGGGACAAAAACUUGAAUUACAGUAUGGAAAUGUAACUGCUGCUCUUAACCCUCCUCAUAAGUAUGUUCCAUGGGUGACGGUGAACGAAGUGCCCCUACAUAUGGAUAUUGAUAACUUCAUGAAAUAUAUCUGCAAAGCCUACAAAGGCACUUCUACACCUAAAGCUUGUAAGGAAUUACGAGUCGGCAUUAUCCCUGCGCAACCCAUAAUACCUAACAUGAAAGUCUGUCGCGUGAACGAGACAUCUCCUACUACUAAAACCAGGCCUCGAGGAAUUACAUGGUGGAAUUAC